UGCUUCUUUCUUAUCGAUAAUAGCGAUAUAGUGGUGCGGAUCUUUGAGUGCGAUAUUCGAGGUGUAUGGUUUAUAUAUAAAUAGAUUUCGACAUUGGUGGUCUCUUUAUGAAAGGCAAAAUGUUAUUGGCUUUGAAACUAAGACACUUCGUUUCCAGCUCGUGGUGUCAGAAAUGGAGAAGACUUGAAUUUCAUCACCUGUCAAAAACGUUUGCCUGGUCAAGCCACCGGACCAGCCGUACCCUGUUCCUUGCAAGGGACUGGGCUGCGCAGCUACCUCCCAGAUAUGCCCCAGGAUCUCUUUUGAUGGCCCAGAAAUUUCACUGCUCUUUACAAAUACAGAAGAAACGACAGCCAGAUGAGCAACCCCCACGAGAACUUGACUUGCUUCGCUAUGAUAUGAGGGACCUGAACAAAGGUCCCAAACCAGCACUCUAUCUGGGAUUUUGUGGUCUUUUACCAUUUGUAUCAGCUCCUAUAAUUAUGGGCAUUACAGGUACAUAUCUUCCUGAGUUAGCUUAUGCUGAAGUUGUGUACGGGGCCUCAGUUGUCUCUUUUUUUGGUGGAGCUCGUUGGGGGUUUGCUUUACCUGAGGGUAGCCCAGCAAAGCCUGAUUGGCUAAACCUAGCCAACAGUGCAGUUCCCUCCUUAAUAGCUUGGCUGGCCCUCCUUUUUAGCAACAGCAUUACACAGUCUGGUAUGCUUGUGAUCAUGGGGCUUGGCAUAUCACUCCAUUAUGACCUGGCUCUUCUGCCCACAUAUCCAAGUUGGUUCAAAGCAUUCAGAGCAGUCUUUACUAUGGUAGCCUUUUUCUCUAUUGUGGGCACUUUGAUAAUUAAAGAAUUGUAUCCAGAGAAGAGGUAUCUGUCAGAAAAAUAAAUAAUUUGUGAUCUUACUGUAAACUAGUAAUAUGUAAAAUCAAUGUGGAUGAGAUGGAAACAUUUGUUCUGUAUUUGGUACUUGUAUAGAAAUAUUAAUUUUUUUUUUUUUUUACCAAAUCCAUGUGUAAUGAUUUUGGAGUACUCAAUACAUAUAUCAUGAAGGGAUGGCACAUUUUGUACACAUUUCUUCAACUCUUGAAAUGAUUACAUGAAUGUUGAUCAUUCAAAUGUAACAUGGUUUUAAAAUACCUCAGUAUAAUAAACCACAUUUUCUUGGAUAUA